AUGAAUCUAUGUGUAACAUACAAAUGUAUAUUGUUAUUCAUAUUAUUUGGAUUUGUAAAAUGUGCUGACAAACCUGAACAACAUCCCGUUAGUAGUGAUACUGACAGUGAUGAAGAAGACAACUUUGAGGUUACAGAAACUUCUGAACCCCCCAAAGGUACCGAACAUCUAGAACUGAGUAAAAAACCUGGUAAAAUGAUUUUUAUGAAAGAAAAUGAAAAUGGAAUAGUGGUACCAAUGGAAGAAGGAGACUAUAAACAAAUAUUUGAGGAUCCAUAUAAAAAAGUAUACAUAUUUCAAAAAAAUCUCGAAAUGAUACUCUGUGAUUAUAAAGUCAUUUUUCAACAAAUAUCUGGAAAACCUUACGCGUCAACAUUGACUUAUUAUAGAAUUAAUAACGUGUUUACAAUUCAACAUGAAAAUGGAUUUAUGCUUAUUUGCCACGAAGAAGGGAAGUGGAAAGUAUACUUACGGAGUCGUUCGGGUUAUCUUAAUCUUUACACACAAGAUUCUGAAGGUCGUUAUCUUGAACUGGGUGAAAACAAUUAUUAUAUUAGUUUUGGUCCAAGAGGAUUCUUAAGAUAUGAAUUUAAGAGUGAUGUAAAUUGUAGUAAAGUUAUGUUUAAGGAUAAACUAGUUUGGAGAAGAAAUUCUAAUGAACCUUGCCCAUGUAAAGUUAGUAUUACUUUAAAAAAAGAUAUUAUUCUUUAUUUUGAUGCCUAUUAUCUUAUAUUUUUAAAAAGCCACUUCUAUAAUUUAUUUUACGAAAGAAAAAGAAAAAAAUAA